AUGAUACAGAGCUCGUCGCUAAUCACUGACAGCCUCGUCGGUACCGGCAUUCCAACUUAUGGUCUUUCAAAGGAAGAUGCUGAGCAAAUCCGCGUGCUCCAGGCCCAAUCAAGUGAGCUAUGUGCCCGGUGCUCAAGCCUCGAUAUCCUGGCCUUAUUUUUGAAGUCUCAGCCGUUGGAUAUACUCCAGCGGAAAGAGUUACGUGACUCGCCAAGUUUUUUCAACGACUUGAAUCACAGAAUCCAUCUUGGCUCUCUGUCCUCGAUUUUCCUCAGUCCUUCUUGCCCCUUCUGCCGUCUUCUAUAUUGCAUUUUACCCCGAAAACCCGCAUCAGGGCGCACUAGAGGUGGAGCAUUAAAGUAUGCGCAACGAGUAGGCGAGACUAAUCCGGAGAUCUAUCUCACACCAGCACGUACAUACUUGAGAUCCUUUGGCUGGGAGACUUUGCCAGACUCUGACAGGAAGCAGUACGCUGUCGUGCUGGCUCUUGAAGAAAGUCGUUAUAGCACAAACGAAAUUAUCCGAUCUACCCCGUCGGCUAUUGCCGACUCUCCGGAUGUGCAAUACGCAAGUCUUGACGGACCUCUUAUUGCUAUGGAAAAUCGAUUCAUGGGGCCUGAUCGAGAUGUCUCGAAUUUCAGACUGGUCGAGAGUAAGCCCGAGACGGCUGAAAUUCGCCAGGCUCUUGAUGACUGUCUUCAGAAUCAUACUGGUACAUGCCGUGUAGAGAAGUCUGAAGAGCUUGUCACAAUUCGAGUCGUGGAUGUCAUUGAGCGUGUCAUCGUUCCGUAUCCAGCAGGUUCGGAUUAUGCUGCCUUGAGCUAUGUGUGGGGUGGCAUUUCACCGUCUCCUGGGGCGCUGGAAAACGGAUGCCUUCCACUGACAGUGGAGGAUGCCAUUACGGUAACAAAAUCAUUAGGAAUAAGAUAUCUUUGGGUACUUUUUACCGGCAAUGAUGGUGAAUCGAUUCGAUGGCUGAGUAUUCUAUUUCUUAGGUCGAUUCGCUGUGCAUAG